CACGUUUCUUUCUCCCCCGAAAAACCACUAUUUAUUGCUUCUCUUCAUUACAAACACUUUUCAUUCUUCAAAACCUCAUAAUUCUUCCUUUGUUCUUCAGUUUCCACCAUAAAUUUUGCAUAUUACACACACUAAUUACACGCACAUGGCACACACUUUUGUUCACAAAGACGAGAUUGACCUCCCUCCAGGUUUCCGAUUCCAUCCAACAGACGAAGAACUUAUAUCUCACUACCUUUACCCAAAGGUUUCAAACAUCAAUUUCUCUGCUCUAGCGAUUGGAGAAGUCGAUUUGAACAAAGUCGAACCAUGGGAGCUUCCAUGGAGAGCAAACCUCGGGUAUUGGAAAGCUACAGGGAAAGAUAAAGAGAUUUUCAAAGAGAAAUCGCUCGUGGGUAUGAAGAAAACACUUGUGUUUUAUAAAGGAAGAGCUCCGAAAGGUGAAAAGACAGAUUGGGUUAUGCAUGAAUAUCGAUUAGAUGGAAAGUUUUCAACGAUUAAUCUCCCAAAAUCCUCCAAGGGUGAAUGGGUGAUUAGUAGGGUUUUCUACAAGACUACGGGUGGGAAAAAGAUUUCGAUUUCAGCUUUAUUGAAGAUGAAGAAUGGAAACACCUAUGAACAUGACUUCGGCUCUGCAGAUUUGCCUCCAUUAAUGGAGAUUUCAAGUGUGGAAGGAGGAUCAAGAACCGAGACAUCUCACGUGACCUGCUUCUCCAAUUCCAUGGAAGAACAAAAACCAAAGAACGAAGAAAUGAUGGGCAGUUGGAGCUCAGGGAAUUCAUUAAUGGCGUCAAGAACUGAUAACGUUUCUUUCCUUUCAAAUCAAAUGGCCCCAAACGUUGAAAAUUAUCAGUAUCAAGACACGACUUGGAUGCAAGAUCCAUCGAUCCUUAAAAUCUUGCUUGAGGCCAACAAUGAUUCAAGUGUUCGACAGAAUUUGAAAACUGAAUUGGUGGAUGAACAAGAUUAUGGUAUGAGUUUGGGUGGUCAAGUUGAUCUUGAUAACAUAUGGAAUUAUUGAGGAUAAGAGAUUGAGGAAUACAGAAGUUAGUGAAAACAAGGUAGAAAGACUGAAAGAUUUAAAAAUGUUUGGAUAAUACAUUUUAGGUUUAAUUUUAAUGAUUUGGUUUAAUUGUAAUGAUUUGAUAGAAUCAAAAAGUGGCUAUACUAUGUAACUCGUG